UACUUGUGCCUUUCAUGGAAAUGACCCGUCGCUCACAAUGUACACAAUUAUACAAAAAAGAAUAUUUAUUGUUUUUCGUUCGCCAAAAUAAGAUGAAGUCUAAAUGUUCAUAGUGUAAACUAAGUCUGGGAUGGAAGUAGAAGUUGAACUCAGUCAGAACGAAAAGUAGUUUCACCCUUUGCGCAGCAUCAUCGAAAAUAUGUUCAAAUUUUACCUUUUUGUCUUCAUUUUCUUUCAAAAAAAGUCGCUUACGCGCUACGGGAGAAGAACAGUAGCUCACGUAUGAAUUCGAUAAUUUUGUCACUUGACUACCAAGGACGUAACCUUGCGAAAAAAUUCUAAACAGAUACUACUUUUAUCGAGAGCUACAGAGCAAUAAUGCAAAGUUUUAUUGCUGAAUUUUGAAGGUAAUAGUAACGGCAAAAGGUAAAAAAAUGACUGAAGUAAAUACCGAGAACAUUGACAACAAUCAGGAGCUACGAGCUGAAGUGGAAUUAGUUUCGUUGGGAAGCAAAAAUGAUGCCCGAGACUGGAAAACAUUGAGUUUUGUGAAAAGAAUCCAGAAUCUACCAUCACCAUUAGAAAGAUACUUCUGUCCAAGAUUCUAUCUCGAUCCAGAUUGCGAUCAAAUGUCGGAUAUGCUGAUUCUACUUCACUCCAAUCGAGUUGGAGUUGUUUGUUUGGCUCCGUCGCACCCGAUUGUAAGAAAGAAUGUUUGCGUCGAAAAGGUUGAUUUUCAGAUUAAUCAAUCGUUAAACAGACUUGAUAAUAAGGUGACCGGCAAGCACAAGAAAGGUGGGCAGCGCGUCAAAAAGGAAAGUCUCUUGUGUACUAUUUACGCUGGACUUAAAGCGUUCAAAAUUCAAGCCUGCAUUCCGGGAGCUUUAGUCGAGGUAAAUUCUCGCUUGGUGAAUGAGCCCGGGUUGCUCACGAGCGACCCAUUUCAAAGUGGUUUUAUCGCCAUAAUUCUUCCACCGUUUCAUUUAGAAUCCGAACUGCGUACAAAUGCCUACACACGUCCGGAAAAGUAUAUUGAUAUUCGGAAAAGCUUUAUUCACCCAGAAUUCCGUAUCUGUUGUAAUGAUUAAUAUUUAAUAAUGAUUGUUCUAUAAUAAGUGUACAUAAUCUACUGCAAAUGAUGUUUCUAAGAAUAAAAUAUCAUUCAAAAA